AUGGCUCGUGGAGAUCGUCAAAACGAUGAUGAUGAUUUCAUGGAUCCACCACAGCGUAAUCGGGCAACUGGGCGGAGAAAAGAGGGUGAUGAGAAGAAGAAACGUAUUCGCAACAGAGCCUCCCAAGAACGACUGACUGCGUUGACUGACAAAUUCAGCGACAAUCAGAAGGGGGCUGCUGCUGAGAUGGGUAUGCAGUCUAUGAUGGCUGUCCGGUGCACGAACCUUGUCAACCCUGUAUGCGAUUGGCUUGGUGAGAUCUACGACCCCGCCUCCAGAGAAUUCGUGAUUCCGGGACGCGGAAGACUACCGCUGAAUGAGGAAUCCGUGUUCUGCACGUUGGGUGUGCCCCGUGGACAUAUCAAAGUCCCGUACGAGGUCAACAACGAGAUCGAGGAAGCGCUGUUCCCCCGUUUGUUUCCUGGGUUGGAAUCCAUGCCGAACACGACUGCAGUGGCAGAUUCGUUGGAGGCCAUGACGACGCAUGGAGAUGUUUUCAAGAUGAAGCUACUCAUGUACCUCAUCUCAGCCAUUUUCGCGCCGACCACUUCUCUUCGCCCAAGCAACAAAUGCUUCCCCAUCCUGGCGAAACUGAAAGAUGUGAAGAACAUGAACUGGUGUAAGUUCAUUGCCGACUUCCUGCAUGAUGCAUUUGCAAGCAAGGUGUACCAGAAGGGUUGUCGACUGCAUUUAAUGCUCAUGUACGUCGACUGCCUUGAUCUGUCCACCGUGGACUUCACUGGGACAGGAGGCCCGCUGCCUGCGCACAAGUUUGCUGUUUCUGCGUGGACUAUCGAUGCUGUCAAGGCUGUGCUUGCUGCAGACAGGGUAACUGAUAGCAAAUAUGGUAAACUGCAGACUACAGCGUGUUUGGGGGGCCUCAAAACUUUGAAAAGUGGAUGGACGUGCACUCAACUCCGUCUUGCAAGGGCACCUGUUGAGCAGCUAAUAGGGCAGUUUGCAUCUGGAAUGACUGGCUUGCUCGGGAAGUUGGUUGAGGGGUGGACGUCCCUCAGUGGCUCUGACGGCGACGCGGUUGCGAGGCAAUUCACUUCAUUCGUCCCAGAACAUACACACCGGCCAACCGGUUGCCAUGGCCGGUAUGACUACAACAGUUCCCAGGAGCCCGCUGACACACAGGAUGAACUAGGUGGAGACGCUGGUCUCAGCAAGGAUGACGAUGAUGUCAUGGAUAAUGUGCAAGAGGACACCGAUGAUGAUGAACACGCUGAAGUUCGCGCAGGUGGUAACAAGGGCAAGGAUGCAACAGAUGUCCCCCAACCGGAUAAAGUCAAACAACACACGGCUGUGAGAGGCGAAGGGGUUUUGCCAUCAAAGAGGGGGAUGGCUCCAGAGGGUGCUGGGCAAGUUUCUGCUGGCAAGAGGUCUAGGACCGACCCUGUAGCUGCCAGGAAGAGCGAGCCGACAGCUGGUGGACGAGCAAUUACAAAGAAACAGGCGCCAACGCCAACCCGUGUUUCUGCUCGGUUGAACAAAGGUGCCCCCAUUGCCGGUGAUACCACUUCCACCAGGACAUCUCCUCGCACGAUGACAACCAACACCGGGGAUCCUGUCGUGUUGCCAAACCUGAGGAAGGCAGUCAGGAAGUAGGUUUCUUCAUCCGCUUUCAUUGACAUAGCGCUAUAUUUUUUGAUUUUCCAAUGCAUUCGUUUAGCUUGUCACAUUGUCUUCUGUCAUC